UUUAUUUCCAAAGUAGGCCUUGAACUGGCAUUCGUUUGUAGUCCCAACCGAAGCACUUGGUAGAGCUCAGUUUUACUUUUACACUGCUUCGAUUCAAAUCAACUCCCCAGAAUACAAAUAAAACACAAAAUGAGCAAAUCUCAAAAAGUGCCCGCAAAGUUGAAGCGCGGCAAACGCCACACACGAAACCAAGCCCACAACACCAAAUCGGACGCCGCCGUCGAGAAGGAGGUGGAGAACUCUCGCAAGGCGGUGGAACGCCAACUGAUCUAUCUCUCGGAAUCGAAUCGCGCCCCGGCACCCACACGUCCAAGUCGACGCAGUGCUGCCGGUAGAAUUGGUGGUGGUGGCGGCGGUGGUGGUGCUGGUGCUCCAUUGUCCGUUGCCGGCAAUGAGCCAUCGAAUGUCGGGACAGGACAUCGUCGCAAGCACAAGAAACAACACCACCAACCAGCGGUGUCCUUGCCCAUGAGAGAUGAGACCCCAUCGCCGAAAGAGAAGCCAAAAUCAAAAGCCAGGACGCCAUAUAAUGUCUUUAUGGAGUCGCCACGCCGGAAUGGACUAACGCCACGGGACCCAGUAGCCGAGGCGGAGCUAGCCGCCUAUAUGGCUGCCCAGCGCACCGGAACCGGAUCCUCAAAGGUGCGUCGCCUGCAGGAGCACCUGCUCCAGGAGGAUGGUGACGGCGCCGAGGAUGAGUUCGGGCGUUUGGACUUGAACGAGAACUUGGGCAACUAUCCGCCGGCAGAACCCCAACCGACCUAUACGUGCGGAGUGUGUGGCGCCAAGUUCCAUAUCCGGUCGCUGCUGGGCGCCCACCGGCGCACCCACGACGAUGACUUCAAGGUGCGUUUCCGCAGCCGUCGUCGUCCACGGGAUAGUAACACCACCUUAACGGCCGGCAGCCAGUGCAAGUUCUGCGAUCGGCGCUUCGAUCUGGAGCGUACGCUGCACAUCCAUCAGUUGUGCCACUGCAAGAAGAUACCGCCCCAACAGCGCCGCAAGCUGGCCUACACGGAGCUGGCCCACGAGAAGAAGGCACCGCUGCCCAGCUUCCGCCGUCACUCGCAUUCCCACACUCGCACCCAAGGGCUGGGUGGUGGACAUCACUCGCAACGGAGCGCGGGCGGAGGAGCAUCGAUGCCCGCCAUGCAGCAUCCGUUGAUGCAACAACACGAUCUCGAGAAGACCGUGCUCUCCAAUUCGGCGGUGCAUGAGCGCUGGCGUUAAAAUCCAACAUUCGAAAACUAAUAAUAAUAAUAUAAUAAUAGUAUUAUAUUAUUAAGAUGCUUGUACACCCGGUAAUAUCAACACGAAGACACUACUAGCCACAUCAAGCUUGUUUCCCAGGACGCUAGGUGGUAAGCAGGACACCAUCAAAAGGACACUUGAAAAAAAAAAAUUUGAAGAUGAAAUGGAUGAAAAUACACUCAAACAACAAAGAAAGGAAACCAAAGGAGGAGAUUAUGGUUUCCUACUGACAGGACACGUGUAUUUGUUAUUAAUGAGGAUCGCGGCUCAAAGGACACUAACUAAAACUAACAAAAAUAGAAUCAUAGUAACCUUCAACAGUUCAACGGUGAAAUAGGCACACUACUACAAUUAUUAAUUAACAAAUCAAUAAGGAAACAAAUACGUGUCCUGUCAUCCCGGCGUUGAACAGUCUACUAUAUACACAAUAAUAUUAUAAAUCAAAUAAAGCUAAAUUAUAAGUCCCCAUAAA